AGGAACCCAUCUCAACUCAAACACUCUCUAGUGGUAGCUCACAAUGGCAGGCACAAAGCUAAUAUCAGUGGGGCUCAUUGUCCUGAUGAGCAUAGGAUUAGCCAAUGCUGCAAGGGUGGCUAGAUACUCUAGUUCUUAUGGGACUGGCACAGGAGGGGGAGAUGGUGGUGCACUUGGGAAUGCUGGGGGAUCAGGGUCAGGGUCUGGCACCGGAUCUGGUGAUAGCGGUCCUUAUGGUGCACAUGCAAGUGCUGGAGGGGGUGGUGCAGGUGGUGGAACUAGCCAAUACGGGGUUGGAUAUGGUUCAGGGUCAGGAUCAGGUUCAGGGUCUAGUACAUAUAGUCAAGGCGGGUAUUCUGGUUAUGGAGAAUCCACUAAUGCUGGUGGUACCGGUGGGGGUGGGGGUGGAGGACAAUCCGGAUAUAAUUCCAAUGCUCAAGGAUCUGGUAGUGGCACUGGUUCUGGCUCUAGCUAUGCUAACAGGUUUUGGUCCGGAUCAAGUGAUGCAGGUGCAAGUGCUAGUGGCAAUGGUGGUGGCACAGGAAAUACUCAAAAUGCUGGGGCUGGCGGUGGCUCAGGUGCUGGAUCCGGAUACGGCAAUGCCUACCCCUGAGUUGCAUAUGAGCCAAUCUAAAGUUGGAGCCCAUCGUCCUUCUUUGUUACACUUUUGUUAGAAAUUAAUUAAUAAAGGGUCCAACUAUUCUAGCAACACAGUAGCAAUCUUGUAAGGUCCAGCUUAUAAGAUGAUGUUGUAAUACUCUGAUUCUGUAACCUUGUGUUGUAAGAAAUGGUUUUGAUGUUUUAUUCCCUCAGCUCGUUUAUGGAUUUGGAAUAAAAACUGAAUCAUUUCGAGUUC